AUGGUCGCUCAAGUUCAAAAGCCUGCUCCCGCUUUCACUGCUCCUGCUGUUGUCAACGGUGAAUUCAAGAACAUCUCCCUCUCUGACUACAAGGGUAAAUACGUUGUCUUCUUCUGGUACCCUAUGGAUUUCACCUUCGUCUGCCCUACUGAAAUCCUUGCCUUCUCUGAACGUAUUGCUGAAUUCGAGGCUUUGAACACUGCUGUCAUCGGUGCUUCCACUGAUUCUGAAUUCUCUCACCUCGCUUGGAUCAACACUCCUCGUAAGCAAGGUGGUCUCGGUGAAAUGAAGAUCCCUCUCCUUGCCGAUAAGACCAAGUCCAUUGCCAAGGACUACGGUGUCCUCAUCGAAAACGACGGUAUUGCUCUCCGUGGUCUCUUCAUCAUUGACCCCAACGGUAUUGUUCGUCAAAUCACCAUCAACGAUCUCCCCGUUGGUCGUUCCGUUGAUGAAGUCCUCCGUCUUGUCGAAGCUUUCCAAUUCACUGAUAAGCACGGCGAAGUCUGCCCUGCCAACUGGAAGGCUGGUUCCAAGACCAUUAAGCCCAACCCCAAGGAAUCUCAAGAAUACUUCCAAACUGUCAACUAAAUUUAAUGUAUAUAAUUUUAAUCUGCACGUAGAUAUAAAAAUACGAAUAAAAUGGGGUUUACUCCGUUGUUACAAAAAGAGAUGUUCCUUUUUCUGUCAAAUAUACAAAACGGCUUUCUCACGCGAUAUUCUCACACCCGCCAUGUCAAGCUCUAAAGUGUAUCUUUUGUGUAUAAACAUGGGAUAAGAGAGAAGUUGAUUACUAGAAACGUUUAUAAAGAGUGUAGAAGAAGAGAUUGCUAUUCUAUCGAAUAUACGGAUUUGUAAAAAAGGAGAGGUUAUAUAGAUAACAAGCUGAAAUGUGGGGCGCUGUAUGCAUUUCUUUUAUUCACUGCGCAUGAGCGCGCUCACAUGGCUUAAAGGGAAUCAUAUGAGACGCGCCUAUCUUUUCUGCUUAUUUUUUCUCAAAUCAACUUUUAAAAAUGUAAUAAAAAGACAAGGAAGAG